CAAAAUGUAAAACGUUUAUGUUUUUUGUCUGCUGGCUUUUAUUUUGAAAAGACCUCUUUCCGGGGAUUCCAACUUGUCUACAGCUAUUUUGCCUCCAGAGACUGUAUAUACAGUAUACGGUUCCCUCAUCAUAUUCUGAUUGGAGAGAUCACUAAUGGUGAAGUUUGGCAGUAGAUAAUCGGCGUGUCUCUCAACUAGCAUGGAAACAGGACUAAAGAGUAAAAGCAAGAUCUUCAAAAUGUGCUAGCUGUCGUUAUAGCGACAGGUGUGAUACAUUUCCGAUUAAAAAUUAUGAAUUGGUUUGGUCAGCUAAGGUUCUCCACCGAACGCGAUUCUCGUCCACAAUAACUAGCCAACUAGCUAACCCAUCACACCGCUGCUAUAUCCAUAAUGGUAAAGUUAUUAAACAUCUAACUAGCGAACUCUCAUCCUGUCAGAAGUUACAAUUUGAUCGUAAACCAGGUGUCGAAAUGCGGUUUAAUGAAAAAGAGCUCGUCUUCCUGAGUCGCCAGCCCUCCGAGAGGGCGGCGGAGCUGGGAAUGAAAGGACCCAAGAAAGGCGACGUUAUGAAGAGGCGGCUGGUGAAGCUUAUAGUGAAUUUCUUGUUUUACUUUCGUACAGACGAAGAGGAGCCAAUUGGGGCUUUGCUUCUGGAGCAGUGCCGAGUUGAAAGAGAAGAUGAUCUGAAUUUCUCCAUUGUCUUUCUAGAUGAGGCUGAGAGAAAGUAUGUGUUUGAAUGUGACUCUAAGGAACAAUGCCUUGAAUGGAUUGAAGCCAUUAUCAAAGCCAGCUAUGAGUUCAUGCGAAAGAACCUUGUCUUCUAUCGUUCUGAGAUCCAGCGACUGACUGGAAAAGACCCACUGGAGCAAUAUGGGAUUUCAGACGAGACCCGCUUUCAGGCCAGUAGUGGACUCCCACCCCUGCCCCCUCCCCCCACCUAACCCAGUUCAAUCCCCAAUGCCUGUGAAGUGUGUCCAAACAACUGCUGUAAAUCUUGGUCCUAUCUAGACCCUUUUUUUUUUCAAAUGCAAUUGUCACUUUUUCAUUUAGUUGUCUAAAAAGCAAGAAGGCUGUCAUUGUAUAUUACUUUUUUUGAUUAUUGUGCAGUUGUAUGUUUGGCAGUUGGGUUUUAUUGUACAAAAUGACACUGUUAUAAAAAUCAGCUGAGAAUGAGCCAGUAGCAAUGCAUUUAAUAUAAAACUAUCUUCUUUCUUACCUUGUGUUUUAGGCUGUCACCCUCAUGACUAUUGUGAUUUUUUUUUUUUUGAUUUUUUUUUUGUCAGCCAUAACACUUCAGUGAGAAAUAACAAGUUAAAUUUUAUCACUGUUUUGUAAAUGUACAGCUAAGGCAAACUGGUUGUCAUGUGGUUAGUGUGCUGUUUGGGGUUAUACUUCUAAGAUACUGAGACACUUGUAGACACCAGUACUUGUGAUUCACACCUGGGUUUGCAUGGCACUAUGAAUACUGCAGUCUUAUUUACAGUUAGAUUGUUAGUUUAGAUACUGUUUUUUAGCCAGACUAUUGUUGUACCACUAGGCCUGUGCAUGUUGGUGUGCUAGUCUAAACCAAAUGCCUAUCAGCGCUCACCCAAUUUUACACAAUUGUUUUUUUCUUUAUCCUUCAAUUUUCAGCAGUCAGUUUGGAAUGUGUCUUCUCGGGGUGUUUUAAAGUGCAGGCUGUUAAUCUAGGUACUUCAAGAACAACAUCUUAGGGUUUGUUUCUGUAACACACUAAGUAAUUGGCCACAAUAAUCAUUAUCAUAGUCUUUUAAAACCACAAGCACCUGUAGAGUGUCUCUGAAGUUCACCGACCCAACCUGGAGCUCAGAGCCUAUCCUAUGUGAAAUCUGUAGCCUUUUUCAGGGUCACUUGGUUGUAUAAGAGCAAUAUCACAUUGAAAUGCAAAUACCCACAGAGGCAUUUAAAGGACUGCAGGGUUGUUUAUGCCGUGUUUCACCAGUCAUGUGCAUCCAAGUGCUUCUAAACCUUCAGAGAAUGGUUUAAAUAAAGGGGAUGGUAAAAAUAAUAUAAAUGCAUUUCAGAAAUAAAGUAAAAUAACAUUCAUAUAGGCUGCUUUACAUACAUUUGGUUACUAUAGGAGGCAUUUCUAGGAGUGGAAUUAAUCAGAACUGCUCUUUAGUAAGAGUGCUGUGUACAUGCCUAUGUGCUCCUUGGGGAGAUAUUUUGAAGGGUUCUGUAAUGUAAGUCUAUUAGCAAAAUUAAAUCUGACCAAUGAAGCUGAUGGUUUUCGUUAUGGGGACUGACCUAUAGUAGUCAGCCCCUUCUUGCCUAUGGUAAUAUCUAUAUCCACGUGUAUGCUGCGUUAGCCAGUUAACUUCAAAUGGUGACUACAAAUGAGACAGAGAUUGUGGUGUACCUAAUUCAAAACCUUUUUUCAAGGCUACCCUUAAAUGAAAAUCUCAGAAUAAUUAUAAGUAUGGUAGAAUCGUCUUUGUGUGUAUCAUUUUACAAUCCGAAAUGCGCAGUUUUAUGUUUUUUAAAUAAAGUCAUUUUCGAAUGUUAA